UCAAAACAAUAUUUACAAAACAGACAAACAGGAAGCAAAACUUGUAGAACGUAAAGUCAACGAAGUUUUUGAAAUUCAUUUGCAUUUUUGUUAAUCAUCCUUUAGGAAUCAAGUUUUAAAUACUAAUUUAUUUGUUACGUUUGCUACAAGCUGCCGCUUGAGGUUGUGUGGCAUGCAUCGCAGUUGCGCGGUGUUCUCCUGUGCAAACAGGAGCUUGAAGAAUGGCAAUAUAUCGAUGUACAGAUUUCCUGCGGAUCCCGCCCUCUGUGAAAAAUGGGUUGAAUUCUGCAAAUCAGAUCAGAUUACUGAAAUGCUGGUCCUUCAGGGCGUAGCAAAACUGCGAACUUCGUCAUUCAGCGUCUGUUCGGAUCACUUCGAGAACCGAUGCUUCGUGAACCCAAAGAACACCACACAAGGUAUUUACAAAGGAAGCAUUCCGACGAUCAUAGCCGGUCAUCCGGUAUUGGUGUCAAACUUCAAUAAGGCCAAUCAAAUAGCGGAAUAUCAUGCUUUUGACGCCAACCAGCAAGACGAAUCUGAGCAGUUUGCAGAAAGAAUGCCUGUAGAGGUGCUUCAUAACGAAUCAGAAGAAGUGAUAGAACCUACUCCUCCGGAGCAAGCAGUCGAACCAGCUCCUCUUCCCGAGAUUAGCGGAAUCAUCAAUCCGAGCACAUUUGACUGCGAAUGCGAACAGAAAAGCGAAUACGAACCCAAAUUCUACGCCGAACGGUCCCGGGCAGUAGGUUUAGUUGAGGAAUUGGAUGCCACCAGAAAGAAGCUUCGGGAAAGUAAAAAGCCAUACCACCGUAACAAACAGACUCUUCAGCGGGUAAAUGAAAGCAUCGCAAGGCUGAAGGAUAAAAUGCGAAGGUAUGCCUCGGAACACCACAUAAAGGUGGACCUAGACUCGAGUGGUGGUGAAGAUGAAGAAUAUGGGUUUCCCAAUGUAUUAUAAUCAGGGUGGGCAGACCUACCAUGAAACAAUACACAACGGGUAAUAUAAAUUCUAAGUAAAAAAAUUCAAACAGUUAAA